AUGGGGAAAGGAGGCGGGUGCGUACCCAUCAAGAAGAAGAGGCAGCCGCCCCUCUCCGCCGCCAAUGACGGUGACGCCGCUCCGAGUCCGAUUGAAUUUGAUCGGACCACCGGAGACGGCGAACUGGCGACGGCCACCACCACCACCGUGGGAACGAACCCGGCGAUUGCGGCUGGGAUCCCGCUGAGGAUCUUCAUCGUCUUCUACUCGAUGUACGGGCACGUCGAGAGCUUGGCUAGGAGGAUGAAGAAGGGCGUCGAUGGCGUCGACGGCGUGGAGGCGACGGUGUACAGAGUGCCGGAGACGCUGCCGACUGAAGUUCUGGAGCAAAUGAAGGCGCCGCCGAAGGAUUUGGAGAUUCCCGAGAUAACGUCGGCGGAGCUUGCGGCGGCGGACGGAUUUCUAUUUGGAUUUCCGACGAGGUAUGGCUGUAUGGCUGCGCAGAUGAAGGCUUUCUUCGAUUCAACGGGGCAAUUAUGGAGGGAGCAGACGCUUGCCGAACCUGCCGGGUUCUUCGUGAGCACGGGAACGCAGGGUGGGGGCCAGGAGACCACCGCGUGGACAGCAAUCACACAGCUUGCACACCAUGGAAUGCUAUUUGUACCAAUAGGGUACACAUUUGGGGCCGGAAUGUUCAAGAUGGAUUCGAUCCGAGGAGGUUCUCCGUAUGGGGCAGGUGUCUAUGCCAGUGAUGGCACUAGACAGCCUACCGAAACAGAGCUGGCUUUUGCCGAGCAUCAAGGACAAUACAUGGCUUCGGUUGUCAAGAGACUUUCCCUGUCUUAAACCUUGGGUUUUUGUUCUUGGCAAAAAAAAAAA